AGUGGUUCCUGAAGAUGUUAAGGAGUUGUCGCUGAUUGAAGAAGAAGCUCCUGAAGAGCAGAGGUCGGAUGUGGACCAGCAGGAUGAAGAACACCUUCAGGAAAAAGAGGAUGAGGAGGAAUUGAGGUCCAAUCUGGGAGAAGAGCAGCUCAAUGUUAAAAACAAGACUGCUGCCACCAGCUUUCCAUUCCCUGCAGUACCUUCGAUUGGUGAGGAUGAUGAAGAUAAACUUCCAUUCUUACAGCUUCAUCAACACCAAGUUGAAGUCAAAGAUCUUCCAACCAGCAGCACAGCUGGCAAUCUGGAAUCAAGAGCUACAGUCGAAACUCCAAGAAACCCAGAUCUGAACACUCGUGAACAAGAUUCUGACUCUUCAGUAACCGAAGUUAGUCGUAAUGAUGAUUCUGACUUGUCAGAAAUCGAAAUCAUUGAGGAGGAUGAUGAUGAUUCUGACUCCCCAGAAACUGAAGACAGUGAGGAUGAUAAAGAGGGAAAUGAUGUGAACAAUCCUAACUCUCAGCUGAAACGUUGCACAGACUCUGGGUCAAAAAAUGAAGACACCAAUAAAGAUGGGGAGCCUUCAACCAGCAAAGUUCCUAACUCAGGUGUAAAAAAGAACAAAAGUGGACAGAAGCGGUUUGGUUGUGACGUGUGUGGGCAAACAUUUGCAAAGAAGUCCUAUUUAAACACACACAAAAGCAUCCACACAGGAGAGAAGCGAUAUUGCUGUGAAGCAUGUGGGCAAAGGUUUAGACAUAAGUCUAAUUUAAACUCACACUUGAGAAUCCACACAGGACAGAAGCCAUUUUGUUGUGAGGUAUGUGGGCAAACAUUUGCCUUAAUUUGUAGUUUACACAAACACAUGAGAAUCCACACUGGACAGAAGCCAUAUCGCUGUAAUCUGUGUGGGAAACAUUUUCGACAAAUUGCCAAUUUAAACACACACAUCGAAAGCCACACAGGACGAAAGCCUUUUAGAUGUGAUCUGUGUUUGCAAAGGUUUACCAAAAAGGACAAUUUGAACAAACACAUGUUAGUCCACACUGGACAGAGGCCAUUUAGUUGUGAUGUGUGUGAUCGAACGUUUUGCAGAAAAGGAGAGUUAAACAUGCACAUGAGAGUCCACACAGGAGAGAAGCCCUUUUCUUGUGACGUGUGUGGGCGAAGUUUUAGCCAUAGGAGCUCUUUGAAUUAUCAUAAGGCAGUCCACACAGGAGAGAAGCCAUUUGUUUGUGAUCAGUGUGGGCAAAGUUUUAGCCAAAAGGGCAAUUUWAAAAAACACGCGAAAUUGCACACAGUGCAGAAGUUAUAUUGCUGUCCUCUAUGCGGAGAAUGGUURGGAAAAAAGAGAGAUUUUAACAGGCACAUGAAAGACCACACAGGGCAGAAACCAUUYUGUUGUGAUCGUUGCGACUUCAAGUUCAGUCGAAAGGGGGCAUUAGUCAGACACAUGAACGUCCACACAGGAUUGAAACCAUUUUGUUGUGAUCAGUGUGGGCGAGGUUUUAGUCAAAAGUGCGGUUUAACUAGACAUGUGAGAAUCCACACAGGGCAGAAGCCAUUUUGUUGUGAUGUGUGUGGGCGAAGGUUUAACGAAAAGGGCAGUUUAAAUAAACACAGGGCCUUCCACUCAGGAAAGAAGCCUAUUUACUGUGUUGUUUGUGGGCGAAGGUUUAUCAAAAGGUGCAGUUUAAACAAACAUAUGAAAAUCCAUGCAGAAAAAAAUAAAGCAGAAGUCAGCCAAGGUACCGGGCCAAAAAUUAACCUCCACAUCACUGGUUCAUCCUUGGGUGUGUGUAGAGCUGAAUUGAGGUGCGAACAAACCUGAGUCAGUUCCACCAAAUCUGUCAGGGAGAACUGGACUAUACUCAAGCAAACUUCUGUGAGUAGAUUUUGGAAGGARUUCUAAAACUUUGACCAAAGUUGUUUAGUUGGCAUCAUAAAGRCAAUGAUACCAAAUAUACCUGGGGUUUUCAAAGUACAACUUUGAAAAUUGGGUUAAGAAAUACCCAACAUAUUAACUCAAUGAAACGUUGCUUUUGUGAAAUCAAAUUUUAGAAAUACAACAGUAGAGAAUUCGGCUAUGUUUAAUAGUGAAAGUAAGKRCAUUUCCACACAGUGUGCAAGGRGAAAUGAAGGGAUUGGGACUAAACAGCAUGCAUGAAUAAUKUGCAGCCUUGGACUACACUUUGUGUGGAGUGGAGCUGGUGUUGCUGCGCUAAACUACAGCGAAUCAGACAGCUUGUCAGUGCUUGGGGUGGGGGUCRUGACACAUUCUCCUCAACGUAAAAAGUGUAUUCUUCAAAAGUCUUCAAUAACACCGUAAAAUGUUGCAGGAUUUGUUGGUAGUCAGUUUUUGGAUAAAAAGUUUUUGAGUGUUCUGAAAACUCACUAAAUCUAUUGACAAAGUGGUUAAGUUGACAACACUGAGAGGGAGCUACUGUUACAGGAUAGGGCCGAAGAAACUGAAGUAGAAUAGAAUAGAAUAGAAACAGCCUUUAAUGUCCCAUGGUGGGGAAAUUCAGCUGUAAUAGCAGCAGCAGAUACAUACAUUAAUCCACAGAAACAAUUGCUGUGUGACAUUAUCAACUGUUGAACAGUAGAAUACAAAAACAGCUGUGUUAAGAGUUAUUAGUUUUCUGGAAUUAUAUCCUUCAGUUUUGGAGGUUUGGUCUUUUAUAUUGUUWAAAUGAAGGGGAACAAAAAUAAUUAUAGCAAUUUUAUAAAUAACCCAAGUGUAACGUCCUUUGCUUCAAGUCCAACACAAACAAUUAUAGUACCAAGUACUCUUGAGAAGUAAAUAACAGACGUGGAACACAA